CUAAAUUUAGCUGCCUCGCAUGGAAUACCAAUAACAAAUGUUGUUCAAAAUUAAGUUAAUGGCAGUAAUGGUUAUUUUAAUACCAGUAAUGCGAUAAGUUCGAUUGAUGCCUGGAACGGUGGCCACCAAAGGGGGCAUCGCGGAGGCUAACGAACACUUGCGACAACUAUACGCUAGAAUAGACGAGCUAGAAACUCAGUUGCAGGCGCAGAUUAUAUACAGAGAACAAUUGACCAACUUGCAGAACGACAAUUUUGAAAUGAAGGAAAUGGUCCACAGGUUACAAAUCAAUAAUCAAGAGUUAGUGAACUAUGCCAGAGAACGAACCAAUGAUAUUGCGAGGCUGCAGAGCGAGAACAAGCAAUUGGUCGAAAUAGUUUCCGAUUUAGCCAAUCAGAGAAGCGCAGUAGAUGAGUGGAUCUCGCUAACGAACAGAGCUACACAUACUGUCAACCAACUGAUAAGUUCCAAGAAUUCAAAGUUUAAAACGGUUAAACAAUCAAAUUAUGUUAAUAAUCAUGUAAGUGCGAACGAAUUAAACGGAAGCGUUGUGGGAUCAGCAAAGUCAACAAGUCCAAGGACUAACGGAGUGACUGAGACAAACAGUAAAAAAUCACUCAGACAAAACUCACGCUCUGAAUCACGCACUGAGGUUCAGGCAAACAACUCAUCUGUUAUACAUGUUGAGAUGCAUGAAAAUGAAAAUGGAUGUAAUUGAAAACUUUUGCUGUUUCUAAAUCUUAAUUCCCACAUAUCGUUUUUUGGCGUAGAAAGCUAUUUUUGGGUCGAUUUAAAAGCUGAUAUAAGUAUAUUGGUAGCCUAAAAAGGAAAUUGGAGACAUCACGAAAGGUAUUCUUGAGCCGA